AUGAUGGAAACUACAUUUAUUUUAACUCAAUAUGGAAGCCUCAAAAGUUUAGAAAAAUAUUGUAUAGACAUGCCAAAAAUUGAAGUGCAUGCACAUAUUAAUGGUUCUAUAAGUCCGGAAACACUCCAACAAUUAGUAGAACGAAAAAAAGAAAAGAAACCUCAUUUGGCACAAUUCAUAAUACCGAAAAAAAAAUUAGAUAUAAUUGAUGAUUUUUUUCCUAUAUUCAAUUUCGUUUACCAACUAACCGAUGAUGAAGAAUCAAUUGGUUUUAUUACCGAAUCUGUAAUACAAGACUUUAAAAAAGACGGAGUUAAAUAUCUAGAAUUAAGGACAACACCCCGAAAUGAUAAAAAUGGGAUGACCAAAGAAUCUUACGUAUGUGUCGUUACGUCUGUCAUUCAGAAAUUUUCAUAUUCAGAACAUGGAAUUAUUGUUAAGUUAAUACUAAGUGUAGAUCGUCGAAAUACUUUGGAGGAAGCUAUGGAAACUGUGAAUUUGGCUAUUAGAUAUAAAAAUAAAGGCAUCGUAGGUGUUGAUCUUUGUGGCGAUACUAGUAAAGGGCAUAUAGACAAUGUCAAACCUGCUUUCAUUCGAGCGAAGGAACAUGGAUUGAAAGUUACAUUACAUUUUGGCGAGGUCGAAGCAAACAUUCCAGAACAUGCUUCGAUGCUUACGAUUCCUCCCGAUCGCCUUGGUCAUGCUACUCAUCUUGACCCGGAGUCAAAGGAUUUCAUCUAUGCAAAGAAUGUUCCAAUAGAAAUGUGUAUGACUUCAAAUGUGCUAUGCAAUACGGUUAAAAAUUAUCAAGAGCAUCAUCUUCGAGAUUUUAUAUUAAUGAAGUAUCCAUGUUGUAUUUGCACUGAUGAUAAAGGAGUUUUCUUUUCGGAUCUUUCCAAUGAAUAUGUUAUUGCUGCUUCAACAUUUUCUUUAAAUCCAAAGAAUUUAUUCGAACUUUCCUUUCAAAGCAUUGAUUAUAUAUUCGAUUGCGAUGAUAUAAAGAUACAAUUACGUAAGAUAUGGAAUGACUGGUAUGAAUCAUAUAACUUUGGGGCGAUAUAA